ACUUACAAAAUUUUCCAGCUAACGUAGAACGAAAUAAUUUUGAAAAAUCUGUGAACUCUUCGAAGCUUAAAAAUUCAAUGGCGUCACCGGAUACCGAUGUGCCGAUGGUUCCCGCCGGCGAGAGUUCAACCGGAGCUGGAACGUCUAACAAAAAGCCGAAGCGAUUUGAGAUCAAAAAGUGGAACGCCGUUUCUCUCUGGGCUUGGGAUAUUGUGGUAGAUAAUUGUGCCAUCUGUAGGAAUCACAUCAUGGAUCUGUGUAUCGAGUGUCAAGCUAAUCAAGCUAGCGCAACAAGUGAGGAAUGCACAGUUGCUUGGGGUGUUUGCAACCAUGCAUUCCACUUCCAUUGCAUUAGCAGGUGGCUCAAGACUCGUCAAGUGUGUCCACUUGAUAACAGCGAGUGGGAGUUUCAGAAGUAUGGUCACUAGAAUUUACUGUUGGUGUACAGUGAAUGAGAGGAGCUUCAAAACUAUGGUCAUUACAGUUUUUCUGUCAUCGACGUUGAAAAGAACAAUUCUGCUGCCUUAUGUUCCUUUCGUUUUUGCUCUGCAAAUAUCCAAAGCAAUGACUCGAACUAUGUUUUUAAUUGUCGCAUGUCUGUUUUAGGUUGCCUCAAAAGAAUGAAAUGUGUUUGGAGACUAACCAUUUCUUAUUCGAAUUUACAUAUUUUCUUUGUUCUUCAGUGUUCAUUACUAUUUGUUGCUCUAUUUAUUUUG